GGUGGGUAAGCUGGCUGGACCAUCGCCACCAUGGCGGCCUCCUUGGUGGGGAAGAAGGUCGUGUUUGUCACAGGCAACGCCAAGAAACUAGAGGAGGUCAUUCAGAUUCUAGGAGAUAAGUUUCCGUGCACUUUGGUGGCUCAGAAAAUUGACCUGCCGGAGUAUCAAGGAGAGCCAGAUGAGAUUUCCAUCCAGAAGUGUCAGGAGGCAUUUCGCCAGGUUCAGGGACCUGUGCUGGUGGAGGAUACCUGUCUGUGCUUCAGUGCCCUUGGAGGACUCCCUGGCCCCUACAUAAAGUGGUUUCUGGAGAAGUUAAAGCCUGAAGGUCUCUACCAGCUCCUAGCUGGGUUUGAGGACAAGUCGGCCUACGCGCUCUGCACGUUUGCCCUUGCCACUGGGGAUCCCAGUGAACCUGUGAGGCUGUUCAGGGGCGAGACCACGGGCCAAAUCGUGAUGCCCCGAGGCUGCCGGGACUUUGGCUGGGACCCCUGCUUUCAGCCAGAUGGAUAUGAGCAGACGUACGCUGAGAUGCCCAAGGCUGAGAAGAACACCAUCUCCCAUCGCUUCCGGGCUUUGUGUGAACUGCAGAAAUACUUCAGCAGCUUGAGUCUUCCCGGAUCAGGACCCAGUGCGUCAGGCCAGGGAUCAGGCGAGGGCUAG